UCGCCGCGCCGAGCACUCCACUCCACGAGCCGUUCCUAGAACGCAAUCGUUCCGCACACGACCACUUUCCGAACGCACUUACGAUUCGCUCACAGCUCCCUUAAAAAGUCUUGCACACUGAUUCAUUUUAAUUUGAUUUUAUCGAAAUAUAUAAUUGACCUAUAAUUUGUAUUUGUUGCUAAGGCAUCAAAUUUCAUAUUAUCAAGCACGUGUUUAUAAUUAGUUACCGCGGACAAAACGCGGUAUCGCCUGAUCCACGUUUUUCACUGCGAGUGAAUAAAUUAGCGGCCGCAGCGUCGCCGGUCGGGUGUAAUUUCACUUUUUACCGACAAGGACUGUCUCACCAUGUCUACGAGUCUAGCAUGCCACACCAAAUGGAUCAUUGAUUCACGUAAAUUAUAAUGAAAGUGCACCGCAAGAGGGGACAAUUAAUAUCGAUAUCGAAUUAUAAACAUAAAAUUUAAUAAGACGAGUUUUGUCUUAAAUAAGAGAGCCAAAAUUUGGUAGCAUGAAGAUUCCAUAGCGAGAAACGGAGAAUAGAGGCAGCAUUGGUACAAAACAUGCGUGCUAGUGCCUGCCGAGGAUUCAGAAAAAUGGAUAUGCAGUGUUCGAUAUUUAAACUCCUACUAUUUCAAAUGGUGGUCGUAAGGUGCACUGCAAAACAACUACCAGUGAAUAUGCCGAGAGUGGAGUUUGCGGGUGAUUUAAAAGGAGAAGUCCAGGAUAGCAUAAGAAACCUUGUACAUACCGGUAUCUACUCUCACCGACACCUGGACCCAUCACAAGUGCAAGUAGUGGCGCCUAUCAAGGUGACGCGGGAUGGUGAGCUGGUCUCGCACGCGGUCACCCACGCGCAUGCGCACGGGCACGCGCGCGCUCGGCGCGACUUGCACGCGACAGAGCACGAGUUGCCCCACUCGUUGCAUUACAAUCUCACAGUCGACGGACGGGACCUUAGGCUGGACCUGAGGCCAUCCGUAACAUUCAUCACGCCAGCAUUAGUGAUUGAGCGGCAUAGCGUGCGCGGGCGCACGCGUGAUCGGCCGCAGGAAACGGCCACUGCUUGCCACUACACUGGUACAGUCAGGGGACAGCCCAGCUCCGCGGUCGCUCUCUCCGCCUGCAAUGGCCUGGCUGGGCUACUACGAACGGAGCAUGGAGAAUAUUGGAUAGAGCCCUCAAAUCAAAUACCCACCGAUGGAUCUUCAGGUCAUCCACAUAUUAUUUUUAAGAGAUCUGCCGUUGAUAAAGUAAAGGCAUUCCAUAGAAGAAAAAGAGAGGUAGAUGGCAGGACCAAACCAUACACAAAUUUAAGUAGAAAUUAUAACGAUAAAACUACAACAGCAAGAAAAACAAAUCAAAAUAACAGAAGAAGCCAGAAAGAAGCUAUAGAUCGACGAAGACGUAAAUAUUUAGAAGACCGACGGAGACGAUUAGAAGAAAUGCGCAAAGAUCCAGCUGCUUAUAGGAGACAUCAAAAAAAGUUACGAAUGGAAGGAAGAAGAUUGCAGUCUGCGUCAGUAUCCGCAUCAGCAUCAAGAAGUAUGUCUGUGGAAAAUAGUAAAUCGCUUGAACACAUUCAAAGCGCAAAGAACCACACUCAGCACAAGUUCAGCAAUGAGCAGAGAUCAAGACGAAUGAGAACAAGGCGGAGGCGACUCCGAAGAUCGAAAAAUUGCGCGACCAAACAACCUCCGUAUCAAUGGAAAGUAAGAAAUUUCAAGAAUGAAUCCGAAGAAUCUAAAAAAUAUAGAUACAAUAAGAAAAACAACCGACCUCCUCAACACAAGCAAUUGAACAGACAUUACUAUGAUGCAUCGAAACGUUCUACACGUUCGGUCAGUAAGCCGCGACACGUUGAAGUCUUGCUUGUCGCCGAUAAGUCUAUGACCGAUUUCCACAAUCAAGGCAACUUGGAAACUUAUCUACUCACGAUUAUGAACAUGGUAUCAUCACUUUACAUGGAUCCCUCGAUAGGAAAUUAUAUAAAGGUUGUCGUGGUGAAGAUCGUACUGGUGGAAGAAAUGCGCGCAGCACCUGAUCUGGAUGUGACAACAAAUGCAGAUUACACUCUCGCAUCGUUCUGCCGCUGGCAGCACCAACUUAACCCUCAAAAUGACAACGAUCCUCACCACCACGACGUGGCAAUUCUAGUCACAAGACAAGAUAUCUGCAGUCAACACGACACUCCUUGUAGCACUUUAGGCGUUGCGCACGUGGCUGGCAUGUGCAAGCCGGACCGUAGCUGCUCAGUCAACGAGGACAAUGGCAUCAUGCUGGCGCACACCAUUACGCACGAGCUGGGUCACAAUUUUGGUCUCUACCACGACACUGAGAAGAUAGGAUGCAACCGUCGAGACGGCGCAACGCUCCACAUCAUGACACCUAUCUUCGAGGCUGACACCGUACAAGUAGCCUGGUCUAGAUGCAGCAAGCGGGACGUCACUAACUUUUUAGAUGCCGGACUAGGCGAGUGCUUGAGUGAUAGACCGUCACAAGAAGAACCAUAUGUAUACCCUGAAGUACCCGCUGGCGUAACAUUCGACGCAGCGUCUCAGUGUCACCUGCAGUUCGGAGCUGAAGCCGUUGUAUGCGCAAAGCCAGAGGAGUUGUGCGAACAUUUGUGGUGCCUGGUAAACAACACAUGCAAGACCAUGCUGCGACCUGCUGCACCUGGGACCACUUGCGGAGAGAAUAUGUGGUGUCAGAACCUCACUUGCGUGGCACGAACCCCAUCACCGGUACCUCGCAACGGCGCCUGGGGACCUUGGAGUGAAUGGAGCGAAUGCUCGCGAACCUGCGGCGCCGGUGUCUCCACCCAGUCGCGAGAGUGCAACAACCCUGAACCGCUCAACAACGGCAACUAUUGCAUCGGAGAUAGAAGUCGAUACAAAGUGUGCAACACAGAUGCGUGCCCUAUCAAUGAACCGACGUUCAGGGAAGUGCAGUGUGCGAGAUUUAACAAUAUGGAGUACAACAAUGAAACUAUCGCAGAAUGGAUACCCUACAUAGAUCAAGAUAAACCGUGCGAGUUACAAUGCGUGCCUCGCAAUAGAAAUGAUGUUGAAAUGAUAGGAGUCUUCGUGGCCGACGGAACGCCUUGCAGACAAAGCCUCGGCGCCAGGGAUAUGUGCAUCGCUGGUGUAUGCUACAAAGUUGGCUGUGACUGGAUCGUGGAUUCCGAAGUCGAAGAAGAUGAAUGUGGAGUUUGUGGAGGAAACGGUUCAGACUGCAAGACGGUUCAGGGGAUUUAUAAUAAGGAUACCACGAGGCAAUCUGGAUUUAGCGAGGUUGCCGUUAUACCAGCCGGUUCGAGAAAUGUUAAGAUUCAGGAAAAAGUCAGUCCAGGAAAUUAUAUUUCUAUUGGAAGCGCGAAAUCGAGGAAAAUAUAUUUGAACGGAGCACGAAAUGCUACAUUGACGGAAUAUUUCAUAGCAGGGACCCAAGCGAUCUACGAGCGAGAUCGCGAUUGGGAAAAAGUUAGAAUUUCCGGACCUCUCGCGGAAGAUAUUAAAGUUUAUCAACGUAUUUUCCGCGGCAAGCACCGCAACCCCGGAGUGGCAUACCAGUACACGGUGGACCAGCCGAAGGGCAAGCGGUACUCGUACCGCCUGUCCGACUGGUCAGCCUGCUCCGUCAGCUGCGGGGUCGGCCGCAUGCACCGACACUACACGUGCAUCGAUGAUCAUCACCGGCAAGUGGAGUUAUCGCAGUGCUACCACAUCGAGCAGCCGCGCCACGAGGCGUUGAUGCAGCUAUGCCGGCAGCCCGCCUGCACGCACUGGUGGGUCGGCCCCUGGAAAUCCUGCGCACCUUGUCAUAUGCCGGGUAAAGAAGCGACUAAACAACGAAACGUCCACUGCGUGAAUAAAAUAUCAAAUAACGUCGUGAAUGAUUCAGAAUGUGAUAUGGCGAUAAAACCAGUAAGCGCGAUCAAAUGUACCGAAGUACCAGCGUGUUGAAAACAGCUAGAAUGAAAUUUUGGAAUCUUGAUACAAAAACACGUUAAGAAAAAUAAACUCUCUGAUACGGAGAUACAACAAGACCUAUAUAACUUGAAUGGAAUGACAAGGGGCAACGCAAUCAACAGAUAAGUUUGACCUGACGCCCCAAUAACAAUAACGAACAAUUCAACGCAUAGUAGUGGUAGAUAUAUUAUGCACUUAUUACUGGAUGUUUAUAUGAUUAAUUACAGGAUAGAAUAUGAAGAUAUUCAGGGAAAACAUUAUACGAGGUGUGAACGAAAAUAUAGUGCAAAAAACUACUUUGAAUGUUUAAGUGAACGAAUGGGUGAAUAUUAUUUUUCGUUUUAUCUUGCAAUAAAAAAGUAGCCCAUCGAAUAGACAUAUUCACUUACGUAAGUACCUACUCGAAAAGGAACACUUUGUGGAGACGUACGAAUCUCGCAGGAUAAGUACCUACAUUAUAACAAAACUCUGCAAUUACCACUUACUGCCAUAUUAUUUAAGUAAAACCUAGUUUUAUAAUAUAGUCUUCGCUUAGUUUAAACGAAUAAUAAAUGCAUAAAUCUAUUACAGUAUUAAAGUGGUGUAUGUAUUCUCUGGUACAGACCAACGUGAAAAUGUUAGUAGAUACUAUGAAAUUUGGACCAAAAAUAUUUUAGAAUUCAAAUUCACGUUGCCAUAAUCGCGGUUACUGCCAAUAUGACACUUGUAAUAAUUAAGUAUUUUUUUAAGAUUCUACUAAUAAAAUAAAUUCAUAUUUUUAUACAAAUGAUGUCAUGAAUGUUUGUCAUCGAGACAAAUGUAUUUUUUGUAUCUAAUAACUUAACCUAGUCAAAUACAUACUAUUUGUUACAUUCAUAUUUAAAGUCUUCAAUAGUAAAUUUUAAUAAAGGCACUCCACAGACAGGGCCGAACGCAUCACACUGCAAAAAAAAAUAUUAUACAUAUUUCUACAUUACAUGAUUGCUACUAAAUAUACCUACUUUGCUCCAUACCUAUUAGAACUUUAUGUAAAACAACCUACCUACUACAUAUUUGAAUAUUUAUAAUUAUUAGAUUUUUAUUAUUGUGUUUGCAUAUCCAAUACGACUAGGUGGAAAUUUUGUUCAGUUGAUAUAAUCCACUGGUAUGAAUAGAAUUUCAUUCAUAACUUUAUUAAAUUUCCAUUUUUACACAAACUUUUUGCUAAAAUUACUGUAAAGAAUUUUUCGGUGCGAUGCGCAUAUACUCGUUGCAGUUGUGUUCUUUUACCUUUAAAGCCUACCGAAAGCUCGAAAACCUUAUCCGGACUUCCUUAGCCUUUGAGGUGUAUUUUUUUAGUUCAGUUUAUAAUGCAUUUAUAGUUGGUAUGUUUCGUAUGAUUUUGUUGUAAACUAAAAAUUAACACCGUACUUAUUAACACUUGUAAAGAUGUUCUCUAAAUGUACUUAGUAAGAAAGAAAAUUUGAAUAAGAUGUGGCAUCACAAUAAUUAGUGAGUGUAUAUUAAGGUGGGUUAAUGUCGUUUUUAUUUUGUGUUAACGUAACCAAAACCCUUUAACGGGUUUAUACCUACCGAUACUGCCAAUACAUAUAUAUUAUGAGCAUUAGAUACCCUGAAUACAUAGAUGUAUUUGUCCGGACAAGGUCUACAGCAUUUGACUUCAUGUCAGAUAUGCGAGUGUUUGUGUUACCUAUGUUCGGCUAAACCAAUAAAUUAUGAUCCAUAUGAUAUGAUAUGAUCUCCGGGGAUAUAAUUAUCUCCUGCUAGCCGUGCUGAGGGAUAAAUAAACCUCUGUUACCGAUAACGAAAUUUGGUACUUUGUACAAACCCGGUUCUCGGUUAUUUUUCUUUGUAAAGCCGAAACGAACGCGUACGGCGUCGCGAGGAACACCUUCUAGAUAAUAAACUUUAUAUGUAUAAAAAUAAUGAAUUUAUCAAUCGCCUACUGUUAUUGGAACAAAUACCGAUAUUUAUUAUUAACAGCGUUGUUUGUGUCCUUUAUAUAUUUAAAGUGAUAAGCAUAAUUAUAAUUAUAGCGUAGCAUUUUUAUUUAUGUUUAUACCUAACUAAAUAUUUAGGUGUAAUCUUGUACAUGAGUUCACUGAUGUUUCGGUUCUAAGAAUCGUCAGGGAACAUAUUCGUCGAUCAAUUAAUACACAAUUUUAAUUCCAAUCUCUUUUCUACCCUCUAGUUACAUAAUCAUGUUUUACACUGGUUCCAUUUUUCUAUCUAGAUAAUAACACGGGCGUUAUAACUUAUUAAUAAAAAUUACAAUUGUGUAUUAAAUUAGAGAUGGCAAAUAAAAUCGUGCAUUGUUUUAAA